GAUUUUCACUUUGCCUACGUAUGCGCAUGCGCCUUCAGUUUACGAAAACAACAACAGGUGAGAAAAGUCUGGUCAUAGAAAAGCAUGGUUCAGCAGCCCAGUUAUACGCCGACAGGUGGUGAUGUGUACUCGCUGUCAACAUCCAAACAGGUGCUGGUUACAAAGGACCCCGUAUUUGUACGCAAGGACAUAAUCAAUGGUCACUACAUUGGAAAGAAACCGGAGAACUACUUUGUGGUCUGUUUGAUCCUCUCCAUCAUCAACCCUGUGUUUGGACCCAUUUCAUUGAUUUUUUCAGUAAUGUCUGAUCGUGCAUACAACAGAGGUGACCUGCGCUACGCUGAGAAGUGGGCCCAGUACACCAUGACGGCCUGCAUGUUCAUUUUUAUAUUCACCGUGAUCCUGUACAUCGCCAUUGGGUUCUCUCUGAGCACGAUCGGUAUGAAUGAAGGCUAUCAGUUUGGGGCCUGAAGUCUUUGUUUUAUUAUUUGUCUGUGUAUUUAACAGAGCAUAACAUUGUAAAUAUAUUUUGAAUUCAUCCGCAAAAUUACUAGAUUUGUUCACAAGGGCUCGAUCUAUCAAAUUUGUGUUUUUGAAGUAGAUUCUCUCUUGUUUUACCAAUGUAGCUCUAUCAUUGCUGUCCAUUAAUUUUGUCAUUUUUACAUUCAUCAACUUGCUAUGUUAUAUUGGAAAUAUAUUUGGAUCUGAAUUAAUUAAGUUGAAUUCCGGAGUUUUAAGCAAUGUUUUAUCUUAAUAUAACCAGAAUUCAUUUCUGCACAAACUUUGAUAAGCGCUUGGCUGUAAUGCUUGAGGAAAGUGGAGUCAAAAAUGUUUCAUGCUGUUUAAUCAAUAUUUUUUGCAACAGUAUAAAUACUUAAAAAAGCAACUUAAAUUUGUUUAGCAGAAUUAGGUUGAGUCCAUGUUAUCACUAUUCUAAUUUGUUGUGUGCUAAGUCACUCAGGGUUUUAGAACUGAUAGGUUGUGAGAUACAAACACUACAUAUCAAGUGAAUGUAUACAUGGAUACUUGAGUUUACUCUGUUUUAGUCAAAAUGAGAUACAACAAAUAGUCAAGAAGAAACAACAUUGUUUGUAAUAUCACAUCUUUCAUAAUUGUGCAUCUUUUUAGAUUUGUAUUGCAUUGUGUAUAGCUUGUAGUAAUAUUAAUACUUAAGUGUCUUCAAACAUCUUUUACCUGUGUUGUUUGAUAAAUUGAUGUGAAAAUAUAAAAUGUUUCAUUUAAAGCUGUUACUGUCAAAAAAUGCUAACUUGUCUUGGUCAGGUGGGAAUAUUGUAUAGCAGAGGGUGUGGAAAAUUAUUGCAAACUCCACUGCAAUAGUGUGACUUAUUUGUUAUGGUAAUUUAACAAAGGGACCAACAAAAAAUUUGUAAAACUGCAUAACUUGUGUCACCUUUGCGUUAAAUUGCAUCUUUGUUUAGUUGUUGAGGGAAAUCCACUGAGUUGUACAGAGACCCGUAUUCAUAUUAUCCUCUCCUUUGGCUGUAUUAUAUGUCAACUGUAUUUCAUGACAUGUAAUCACAUUGGAUGGAUUCAGAAAAAAAAGACAAUUCCCAUGUUAAAUAUGGAAUUCUCAAUUUAGAAUGAAUUAAUUGUAACAAUUUUUUUUGUGGGAAAUCUAAAAAAAAAAGAAAAUAUACAUUGUCCUAGGAAUUAUUGUAUACUUGAACACUUAAGAGAACACAUGUAUGUGUCUGUACAAAUUCAAGUAAACCAUGCAAUGAAUAGUCUAAUAACUGCUGAUGUUUUUGCAUUCAUAAUUUAUAUAUUUUGUAUAUAUAAUAAGUCAUUUGCUCGUUUAAAUGAUCAUCUUUCCUUUCUGUAAUACUUUUUAGAUAUUUUUAUAAAUAUAAAAUAAUUACAAAAUAGUUAAAAUACGAAUCUCACUGUUUGUAAUUAUUUAAGUUUGGUUUAAAGACAUCAUUAUAUGGAUUACCACACAACAUAAGUUGUGUUGUUUUUAAGAACAUAGUAUUCAAUGGCCUUUAUUAUUUAAUAUAUUAUAAUAAUAAUGUAAGCAAGUGCUUAUAUAGCAAGAUUAUGAAAUUAUCAUGACUCUAAAAAACUGUAUAUUCAUUUUAAUAAUGUUAAAUUAUACAAUAAUGUGGCCAUCUAUCAGUGUAAACAUGGUUAUGUUUUUAAAUGAAUAAUUUCAAUUGACAGAGGACAAAUAUACACUUUUUGCACAAUUUGUAUAAGUAUUUUAUUGAUCAAGUAUAUUAUGAGCUAUUAUUUGUAUAAACAUUCGCUUAAUGACUGUUUCAUUCAAUCAAUUCAAUUUGUUUCUUGAAAAUCCUGUAGAAAAUAUGCAUGAACAUUAAAAUAAGUAUGAUGGCCAUAUUAGACAGAAUAAAAUAUGUUAUGUAUCCCUGAAAUAGUAUAGUAAUGAAACAUCUGUAUGUCUAUUUUACUUGUGUCAGUUUCUAGUUUACUUCCACCGAGUUAAUGCUUUAUAAUGCAGAUUAACAAUUUAUCAGAUCAUUCAGAUCUUAUUUGAAUGACUGUCAACAGAAUGGCUGGUAACUAUAUUAUGCAUUUUUGUAUGAUUUAAAAACAUAUCAUCUAAUGUACAUAGUAAUUAUAUACAUUUCAAUACAAGAUAAAAUAUAUCUUUAUUA